GUCUUCCGGUUUCCCGUGUCAACAGUGCAGGCGGACUAGUAGUAUCCACAGCGCCCACCGCUGAGCUACGACGAUGUCGGAGCAGGAGUCUCUGAGGUGCUCCAGUGUCAGAAACCGUGGAGGUGUGCAGAGGGUGGAAGGAAAACUGCGAGCCAGUGUAGAAAAGGGAGAUUACUAUGAAGCACACCAGAUGUAUAGGACAUUAUUUUUUAGGUACAUGUCACAGGCAAAACACAGUGAAGCCAGGGAGCUGAUGUACAAUGGUGCUCUGCUGUUCUUCAGCUAUAACCAGCAAAACAGUGCGGCAGAUCUAUCCAUGCUAGUGCUCGAGGUGCUGGAGAAGUCAGAGAGCAAAGUGGAAGACGACAUAUUAGAAAACCUGGCAAAGCUGUUUAGCCUGAUGGAUCAGAACUCUCCAGAAAGAGUAGCGUUUGUGUCCAGAGCCUUGAAAUGGUCCACGGGAGGCUCUGGAAAAUUGGGUCACCCAAAGUUACACCAGUUGCUGGCUGUCACCUUGUGGAAAGAGCAAAACUACAGUGAAUCUCGUUACCACUUCCUGCAUUCGUCUGAUGGGGAAGGCUGUGCGCAGAUGCUAGUGGAGUAUUCAUCAUCCCGAGGCUUCCGUAGCGAGGUCGACAUGUUUGUGGCCCAAGCAGUCCUACAGUUUCUCUGCCUAAAAAACAAAAACAGCGCUUCCGUGGUGUUCAGCACGUACACAGAGAAACACCCGUCCAUAGAGCAAGGACCUCCGUUUGUCCAGCCUCUGCUUAACUUUAUCUGGUUUCUGCUGCUGGCAGUGGAUGGGGGUAAAUUAACAGUUUUCACAGUGUUAUGUGAGCAAUAUCAACCUUCCUUGAAAAGAGACCCCAUGUAUAAUGAGUAUCUUGACAGAAUAGGACAACUUUUCUUUGGUGUUCCCCCCAAACAGUCGCCAUCAUACGGUGGCCUGCUAGGAAACUUGCUGAACAGCCUGAUGGGAGCGGGCGAGGAUGACGACGGUGUUGAGGAAGCCCAGGAGGACAGCAGCCCUAUCGAACUGGAUUGAGCCUCCAGCCACGGAUGCAAAGAGCAAAAGAACACACUCACACAUCACACAAACACACAAAAAAGGGGACAACCACGCCACCCACCCUCCUUCAUCUCCUCAUAUAGGGGAGGUGGGGUGAGGCGGCGGUCCACGUUUUCCGAGGCGUGCUGUUUCACAAAUGACUCCCCCCUCUAUAAUUUUAUUCACCCAGUCCAAACACACCCCGGGUAUCCGGCUUACCUGCAGUGAACAGCAGUAAAAACAUUAUUUGAAUCAUUACUUUUGUUAGCAGACUCCCUGGUCAGAGUCUUUUACAACGUGUUGGACAGACUGGUUUGACAGGACAACAUUGUAGAUAUGAAGUUGUUUAAACAGUAUUGUUUAUUACGUAGUCACCAUGGGGACACACUACAAUAUUCACUCCCUUGCUAGACAGCUCAAUCACUGCUGUUGUCACUGUGACUUCUCACCUCCCCUCCCCUCCCCUUUCCCUUAAAUAUGUCUUAGUAGUCAUAUAAAGUACUCAAGACCACCUCUGUUUCUCAUCUGUAGUAAGUGUGAUUGAGCUUAUAGUGAAUCACAACUUUAUCAUCUUGCACCUCCUGUCUCAUCUGUUACCAUCUCCAAGAUGAAUUUAGUGUGGUUGGAAAACAUUUGGACAUGAGGCGUCGCACCUAAGAGUGCAUGUUUUGGGGUUGAGGGAAGGAGGGAGGGGGGAAUAUGACACUCUUUUGUUGGAAUUGCUCAUGUAUUUAGUUUUUUUUUUUUUAUGUGAAACAAUUCCUCUUGGAGGUGGUCACUAAUCCAACAUCAUUGCAGCCAUGAUAUUCCGAACCUUUAGUUCUUGUGUUUGGCCUUCUCAGCAACAGUUCAUCAGUCAAAUUUAAGAAGGAGUCUUCCAUUGUAGUCCUCAUCUUCUGUGAGGACUUGGGGACCAUGACCAAAAUCAAACAAUUCAUAUGUAUUCAGUAAUUACAAUGGUUUGAACAAUAAAUUAACGUCUGUUGUGAUUUAUUAUUAAUUCCAAAAAAUUCCUAAAAAUCAUUUUAGGUGUGGUACAUACAGAAUACAUAUUUUUGGUUUGCAAUUGGUUAGAAAAUUCCAGCGUUCAAAUUCCCUAUCGUUUUCCCUCUAGUUUCCCAAUUUCAAGUAAGGCUCCUGUAGGGGUCACUGUCAUACAGUACAUCCAUUAUCACAGGCUAAGUCAAGUUAGGCAACAAACACACAUUUCCAAAGACUUCUAUGAGAGUUGUUGGUUGCCACACAGCCAAAAUCUUAUCAGUGACAGUUAUGCUCAGUGUUUUUGUUAGUUUGAAAUGUAAGAUGGAGAAACUUGCAAAAGAGGUACAUUUUUUUGGGGAGGCAGUAUAAAGCAAAAGGCGUGUGACCAAAUGUGUGAAUCACUGCUGUUUUAUUUCCUUUAUGAACAAGAGGAGGAGGGUUGCUGUUUUCAAUGAUACGCUAACUGAGUCAAUAAACUCCAACAGAGACUGGCGUGAAACAAAUCUUUCCUGUCUA